AUGGACCUUCGGAUGGUAGCAACAAGCUCCAAGCAGGAAGAAAGCAAGGAGACAGAGUUUGUUCCCCUUCCAACCAACGAUGAAUCACCUGGUCUUGUCAAAAUUCGUCAUUCCUCCGCUCACAUCAUGGCCAUGGCGGUCCAACGUCUGUUCCCCAAGGCGCAGGUGACGAUCGGCCCGUGGAUCGAGAAUGGGUUCUUCUACGACUUUGAUCUGCAGGGAGGGAGCUUUGAGGAGAAAGACCUCAAGGCAAUUCAAAAGGAGAUGCAGAAGAUCAUCAACAAGAAGCUCCCGAUCUGGCGCGAAGUUGUGUCGAGAGAGGAGGCAAGGAAGCGCAUCGAAGCGCAGAAGGAGCCGUACAAGCUCGAGCUCCUCGACGCCAUCCCCGAGGGCGAGGACAUCAGCAUCUACCACAUCGGCGAGGAGUGGUGGGACCUGUGUGCUGGACCCCACGUGGAGACGACUGGAGAUAUCAGUGGCAAGGCUCUCAAGCUGGAGAGAGUGUCGGGCGCUUACUGGCGCGGAGACGAGACGAAGGCUUCGCUGCAGCGCAUCUACGGGACUGCAUGGGAGAACGAAGAUCAGCUCAAGUCGUACCAGCACAUGAUAGAAGAGGCCAAACGCAGGGAUCACCGCAAGCUUGGGCAGGAGAUGGAUUUGUUCAGCAUCCAAGAGAAGGCAGGAGGAGGACUUGUCUUCUGGCAUCCCAAGGGAGGGAGAAUGAGGAACAUCAUCGAGAGCUUUUGGAAGGAUCUGCACAUGAGGAGCGGCUACGAGCUUGUUUACAGCCCUCACAUUGCAAACGUGGAGCUGUGGAAGCAGUCGGGUCACUUCGAAUUCUACUCGGAGAGCAUGUUCGACCAGAUGGAUGUUGAGGAAGAGGUCUACCAGAUCAAGCCUAUGAACUGCCCCUUCCAUGUUCUCAUGUACAAGAACACCAAGCGCUCCUACCGACAGCUGCCCAUUCGCUGGGCGGAGCUGGGAACCGUCUACCGGUACGAGCGAUCUGGGACCCUUUCCGGCCUAUUCCGCGUGCGAGGCUUCACGCAGGAUGAUGCCCACGUCUUCUGCCUUCCCGACCAGGUUGAGGACGAGAUCCUCAAGAUUCUUGAUCUCACGGAGAGUGUGCUGUCGAAGUUUGGCUUCACCAAUUAUGAGAUCAACCUGAGCACUCGACCCGAAAAGUCCAUCGGCUCUGAUGACAUCUGGGAUCUCGCGACCAGCGCACUCAUCAAGGCGUUGGAGAGGAAGGGAUGGAGCUACGCGGUGGACGAGGGUGGAGGAGCAUUCUACGGCCCCAAGAUUGACCUCAAGAUCCGAGACGCGCUUGGAAGAAAGUGGCAAUGCAGCACAAUCCAGUGCGACUUCAACCUUCCUCAGAGAUUCGACCUGGAGUACGUCGCUCCAGAUGGCUCCAGCCAGAGGCCCAUCAUGAUUCAUCGCGCCAUCUUCGGCUCUGUCGAGCGAUUCUUCGGUAUUCUUGUGGAGAACUACGCGGGAGAGUUUCCUCUCUGGUUUGCUCCAGAGCAGCUUAGACUUCUCCCAAUCAACGACGAAGUCGUUCCCUUCUGUGAGAAGGUUGCGGAGGACAUGCGGGUCUCUGGCUUCCGCGUUGAGGUGGACUCAAGCGCGGAAAGGCUGCAGAAGAAGAUCAGAAACGCAGAGAUCGCGAAAGUUCCGCUCACAGCCGUCGUGGGAAAGAAGGAGGUGGAGGAGAAUCAGCUGGCAAUGCGCGCUCGUUUCACCGGAGAUCUGGGGGCCAUGCCGGUUGAGCAAGUGAAGAACAAGUUGAAGAAGGCUGUGGAGGACAAUCUGAGCUUCGUGGAUGCGUAG